UCUCUUCAGUGAGAUGCUGCUGCAGCGGCUGAUCAACAUGUGGGAUCUGGGUCUGGGUAACAUCCUGACGCGAGAGGAGACGUCCUACAUGCGUGACAUGGCCGUGAACCGCUUUGAUAAGAUCAUGCAGGUGCUGAAGUCCAUGCUGCUGGUCUUCAGGAACAUCAACACCGUCCGCUGCAUCAACAUCACUCUGGGAGCUCCAGUCGACCGCUACUUCAUCAUGGCCAAGUGUGCUGUGAGGGGAUGGGGCAGAGCUCAGGCCGACGACACCAGGAUGCUGUCCACACUGUCUGUCUUCCACUGGCUCUGCUCCUUCUGGGAAAGCAUCAAGUUUGAAUUCGCUUUAAGGUCAGAGAAGGCGCUCAUGAGCGUGACUCGCUUUCUGCUGAAGCCGCUGUCUUACUGCGGUCUCAUCAUUCACGCUGGAGCAGGACGUGUAUCAGUAUCUGAGGUGAAGCGCUGUCCUCUGAGCCUGUGGAGCCUGCUGCGUGUGGCUUUGCGCUCAGAGCUUGAGCUUCCAGGAACCUCUCACACAGUCUGUGUUGCUUUUCUCUGAAGUAUGCGCUGGCGAGCUGCAUUUCACAGAAAGCCGAGCACGUUUUAAUUGAGCUUUUAUCAAUAAUGAUAUUCUGGCAUUUAAAAGACUUGUUUCAUUCAAGACACUG